AUGUUUUCUUGUAGUGUCAAAAUCUUAAACAAAAAGGAUUUUCAUCGAACAAGGACUGUUUGCUCAAACUGGUACGUCGUGUCCGCAACAUGUAAGCGAACUCUGUAUCCAUGGCGAAUUCAAUUGAGAAAGAACUCUAGUUUGUUAUACGAUCCCGAAGAUGACGACAAGAUCCAAGAAUUCGAACAUCCCGAACUUGACUUAUCAGAGUAUUCCACAACCAAAACCUAUUGUAUCGCUGUCUCCAGCAACUGCCUCCUGGUGGCAGAUCUUCGUCUAAAUUUCAAUCUUUUGAACGUGUUUACUCGGGACAAGAUUCACCUCCCGCCUCUAGAGUUAUCGUUUUUUGGGAUUGAACAAGAUGAUGACUACUUAGAGGAGUGGGAGUACUACUUCGAUUGUGGGGACAUGGUAUCAGGAUUAGCUGUUGUGUGGAUUAACGAGAGAACAAGGGAUUAUGUAGUCGCUUGGGCUUGCAAACGAAACUUCUUGUUCAUGUUCAAGAAAGGCGAUGAAGCAUGGCGAAAGAAUCUUCAAGGCACAAAGUGUAAAGAUGUGGCGUUUAAGGAUAACAAGCUUUAUGUGUUUACUCUUGAUAACUACAUCAAGAUUCUUGAUUUCUCUGGAGAUUUCCCGAGAGAGUCCCUCGAAAACCCGUAUCUUAAUCAUCGGUUCACCUUCGAGAUGGCACGAACAGAAAGCAUUUGGAAAAGGAGAUUACUGGUCACGAACAAGGGAGAGGUUAUGGUCAUUCAGAGCUCUAAAGUGUGCAAAGAAAAGUAUGUGUUUCAAAUCUUUAAGAUGGAUUUUGAGAGUGGGAAAUGGGAAAGAGUAGACUCUCUUGGAGAUGAGAUGUUGAUUUUUGGUCAUGGAGUCACUGUAAGAACAUCUGUCGAUGAUGGUGGUUCCAUCUUUUUCGUUGGAGAUGAUCUUUGGCUAGAUCAAAAACAUUGCGGUGUGUUCCAUCUUGCGACAAGUACAGUCACAUGGUCUGAACAAAUAGGUGAUGCUUACUCGGAGAUUCCGCGGUGGUUUUUUCCUGGAUAUGCUUAA